AUGGACAGAACACUACUUCACGACAGCCACUCCGAACAGCAGGGAACCUUUAUUCAUAUAUCCGAUUGUCGCAGUAUGAGUGUAAAGGCAAGUGGUCUUUUACGCACCGCUGAACAGUUAAAAAUUAAAGGUCUUUGUGAGACAGCAGAAAAUGCCGAUGAUCUGAACGAUACGGCCACAGCAACAAUAACAGUAUCUGAGAAUAUACAGCAAGCUGUCGUUGGUAAUAUUGUCAAUGCUACAGUAGUACCCGGUCAGCAAUCACCACCUAUACCCCACCAACAACAUCAGCAGCCACAACAGCAAACGCCACAGCAGCAGCAACAACAACAACAGCAGCAGCAUCAACACCAGCAACAACAAUUAACCACAACCGCCGUUUUAAGUCCGGGAAGUGCUCAGCAAUUAGCCGCCACAGGACAAUUGGUAACAUCAACACCUGCCACAACACCCCAGCAACAGCAGCAACAACAACGAAAAUCCCGCGUACGCAAACGUUCCAAAUCUCCCGAUUUACAAUUGCAACAGCAGCAACAACACCAUCAACAGCAACAAAAUCAACAGCAUCCACAGGCAAUAUUAAUACAAAAUCAAAAUCAAGCUGCUAUUGUUAGUCUACAACAGACAUCGGCUGGUAAUUAUAUACCCGUAUCGGGAGUACAAACGGUAACCACCAGUGUAGCGGGUGGACCACAGCAGCAACAGACCACUAUUGUAACAGCGGACGAUUCUGAUUCGGAUAAACCGUCCCUGCAAAAGAUUUGUAAAACUGAAGCAUCAUCCGCUUCACCGGCGUCCACUUCAUCGGCAUCGGCAUCAAAUAAUGCUGGUGGCGUAACUGCGGUCACAGCAUCGGGCACAGCGAUCGUAACACAAAUUGUAGUAGCAAGAGACGGAAAAGAUAAAAAUAUGACUAGUUUAGGCAUGGGAAUGAAUGGUGGCAUUCUAGGAGUCCCUAUGGGCUUUUUAGAUUUUGCCCCCGAACCACCGGCACCAUCGGCAACGCCAGUUACGGUUACAGAACACGUUGAUUUAUCCUGUAACCCAAGUACGGAUACCAGAGAUUUAUCAAGUGAGUUAUUGGUACUUUGUUUUUUUUGUAUUUUAUUUUAAAAUAAAAUUAUGGAA